GCACACUGAGAAGGGCAGAGGCCCUUUUGUUGCUGCUGUUUUUUUUCCCAUACCAAGAACAGAAACGAGAGAGAUAAUAAGAAUUGGAUAUAUGGGUAGGGGAAAGAUACAUAUUUCAAGGAUAGAGAACCGAACCACCAGGCAAGUGACUUUUGCGAAACGCAGAGCUGGGCUUCUGAAGAAGACUCAUGAGCUUUCUGUGCUGUGUGAUGUCCAGAUCGGCCUUGUCAUCUUCUCAAGCACUGGGAAGAUGUUUCAGUACUGCAGUGACUCAACAAGCAUGGAGGAAAUUAUAAGAAGGUACCAGUAUGCUUCAGGGACACGUAUACCACAACACAGUGACACGGACUUUUUGAAUGCUGAGAUAAGAAAGAUCAGGAAAGAAACUCAGGACCUCCAUUUGAGCUUGCAACGCUACACCGGUGAGGAUCUGAGUUGUGUGCGAUUUGAGGAUUUGGAGGAGCUCGAAAAUCGGCUAGAGGAGUCUGUCAACAGGGUUAGAGCUAGGAAGUUUGAGAUCUUGCAACAAGAGGUUCAUAAUCUUCGCUUAAGUACCAAACAGAGGGAGGAACAGAAUGAUGAACUAUGCCAUCUGAUUAAGGAGCAUCAGGCUGCAGUCUUUGCUCAUCAGCACCAUUAUCAGCAGCAAAUGGAAAUGGAACCGAAAUCUGAGGAGCAUCGACAGCUAAUGGAACAAUUCCCAUUCUGUGGUGAAGAACAGCCUUUGCUUCAGCUUGCAACUACAUCCAUGCAGCCUCAGUUUGCCUACCAGGCUAGUACUAGUUCUCUCCCGCCUAAUCCACCACAGCUUCACGAUUUCAGUCUGAACACCCCCAUCUAUGAGUGAUAAUAAUUGAUGAGAGUGGCUUCAGUUUGCUAGGGCAUGCAUCAACAGCUGGGAUUAUGAUAUAUUCUGCAAAUUAGUGAACUACUUUUAAGGCUUUAGAUAUGGACUUAUAUAAGACUAAGAAUAUCACCGAUCUCCUUUUGUGUUCUUCAUUUGGGGUCUUCAUAUAUAUCUAGA